AAAAUUUAAUAAAAAUUGACAAAAAAUUUAUAGAAAGUAAAGCAAGAAAGAAAGAAUUUAUUUAUUGUUUGUUUGUUUAGGUUUACAAAAAUGAUGAACACUAUCUACGAAGAGUUCGAUUUCGGCUCGAAGAUUAAAGAUUUACAAAAUAAAAAGAUUAAAAUAAAGAGGGCAGUUAAAAAAGAUGAGCAUGGAAAUCCUAUCAUGACUCAAAGUACUAUUGGUGGAGAAGAUUAGAGCUUAAGCGAAUCAGUCAUGAUGUCGAAUAACAAAAAUAAGAUUAAUCCUACCUCAAAACCAAAUUUAAGUGCAUCAUCAUUGACUAACUCUACUAUAUUAAACAAAGCUCUUGACUAAUCUUAAAUAGUAGCUAAUCCUAGAUUAAUUUAACCUCCUCAAUCUAGCAAUUAACAAAUAGGAGGAGUAAGCAACACUCAAUAAGGAGUACCAGAAAGAAAAAUUAAUAACCCACUUUUUUAUUCCACUGCUCCAAGUGGAGCUGCUGGUGGCAAAUUCAAUAGCCAUUUGGUUGGAGGAAAUCAACUUCUCAAUACAACUAAUAAUUAGAUACAACAAAAGCUUAAUCCUGGAUAAGAUGAUUCAGGAAAGGGUGAUAGAAAAGCAGGCAAUCAACUCUUCAUGAGUUAAAAUGUUAAUUUGGGAUAAAGCACCGUUUCCUCAAGAUAAUUUGCUCAAGAUUUGUAACAUUUAGUUCUUCCUCGUUCUGUAACUUAGGCCAUUGGUGAAGAAGAUGAGGCUGUUCAAAAAAUGGAAGCCCACAUUGCAAAAGAGAAGAAGAAAAUUGAUAUAGAUUUCGAUUAAACCAUUAGUGAUGUAGUUGAAAUGUUCAAUUAACAACGUCAGACACUUCAUUCUAAAUUUGAUGACUUUCUAAAUCGUUAUAAAGAAAAUUAUUCUAAUUUGAAGGAAAGAGUUACCUACUUCAAAGAAAAAUCCUAUUUAGUUUCAAAUAAGAAUAACACUUCUGCACCUAACUAGAAUAUUAGUACUUUGAAUAUGGUUACUUAUUAUGGAAGAGAUCCUGUAGCUACAGACACUAUAGUCAAAUUGAGGGAUGAAAAGUGCAAGCUUCAAGCAACUAUUGACAACAUCGAAAAGGAAGUAGAAAAGAAGCUUUUGAAUUUCCUUUCUGAUGAAUUAUCUAAGCAAUCUUUCCACUUACCUCUUUACAAUCACUCCGAAACUUCUUAACUUCUAUUAACAGAAAUCAAGAUGAACAUUAUCAAUUCUUUAAGUGAAAAUCUUAGAAACUUAAAUCAUUUAGCAUAUGCAACUUAAUUCCCUGAGUUUAGACAUAUGACAGUAAGUCCAACUAUCACAUCCCUUAUUUCUGAAGAUAGAACAUCAGUUAUUGGUGAUUACAGACCUCAAAAGGGUCUUUAAGUUUCUAUCGAAGCUAAAUUUUCAACUUCACAUAAUGACUCAAUUUUGUGUUUGUUUGCUCUUAAUGAAGAUACUAUAGCUACAGGUUCUAAAGAUUCAACCAUUAAGAUUUGGAAUAUUACUUUAAAUAAGCAUUUAGCUAGUCUCCAAGGUUAUCACUAGUCAUCAGUUAACGCUCUUAGAGGAUUUAGAGCUUUCCCUUCAGAAAUGAACAUUGGAAAAAGCUAAAAGGGCUCAAAUUUAGCCAAAUUUUUGCAAAAUCGUUAACAAAAUGAGAAAGAAAAGGAACUUUUAUAUUUGGCAUCAGGAGGUGGUAUGGGAGACCAUUAAGUUAUUGUUUGGGAUAUAUAAAAACAUUCCCCAAUUAGAGUUUUGAAGGGUCAUACUGGAACUGUUACCAGUUUAAUCAGUGUCAAGGAUGGUAGAACUUUAUUAAGUUCUUCAUAGGAUGGCACAAUAAUUAUUUGGGAUGUUCUUAAUGGAGUUCCUUUGGCUUAAAUGAGAGAACAUGGUGGACCUGUUAACUGCAUGACUAUUUCAAAAGAUGGUAGUAUGCUUUUGAGUGGUUCAAGUGAUAAAACAAUUAAAGUUUGGGGAUUAACUCAUGUAUUUAAUGUAGGUUUACAACGUAAAGUAUUAGAUGUUUUCACCUUCUAAAAGUCAAUUGAAGACACUUGCCAUGUUUACAGUAUAAACUCUUCUCAUAUGGAUCCUAACAUCAUAUUCACUGGUGGCUCUGACUCCAAAAUCAAAAUCUGGAACUUAGCUAACAAUACUUUGGAGAGAGAAAUCGUUGGACAUUAAACUAUAGUCUCAGAAUUAAUUCUUUUUGAAAACCCAUUCGAUAACAAAAAAAGCAACUAUAUGUUAUUAAGUUGUGGAUCAAGUGAUGAGCUCCUUCGUUUGUCUAACCCAAUCUCUCCUAUUAAUAAUGGUUUAAUGAUUGAUGAAAGAUUAUAUCACGAAUGGGCUCCUUCCUGUUCCCCUGUAAUGCAAAUCAUUCGUAAUAAUGCUGAUGAUUCUAUUCGUGUAGCUAUAGUUACUCAAGAUGCUAAUGAAAGAUUCUUUUUAGUAUUCAAAAUACGUUCAGCCUAUUGAAAUUCAAUUAUUUAUUUAUUAAAUUGGAUUUUAAAUUCUAAAAUUAUUAGUGCAAGUUUAGAAUAUUUUAAUUAAUUAUUUAUCUUAUUUUCUGCAAACCUUUAUGUAUCUGUUUAAUUUAAGAAUGCAACUUUAGUUGUUUUCUUAUAGAUUGAUUGAUUAUGUAAUUUAAUUUCAAUUAAAUACUAUUUUAAAUUUUUGUAAAAAUCUAUUUUAAUUAAUUGAGAUAAUAACGAUCAGUAA